AUGAGCUGUUUGAGGCGGGAGGAUGAGCUUAAGCUAAAGGAGCUUACUGAGCUCGCUGCGGCGGUGGGUCGACAGAACCUUCCCGAGGAUGAUCAGCUGGUCAUGCUGUACCUCGAGGACCGCUUCAAUCGCUUCUUGGAAGAGGGACUGCGGAGGCUCCGCGGGGAGAGCGACGGCGGCAAGGCGACAGGUCUCAGCAAUCUCUUUAGGACCAAGCUUAUGACAAGUCUCCCGCGUCGGGUGCACUCUGUGAAGUUGCCAGAGUCCCAGCCGCCAAACGCAAAUAAGAACCUCCACGGUGAAGAAAGAUCUCUUGACGCGAUAGUAAGGACACCAAACGAGCGUUUUGUGACAUCGCCACCGCGGCCUGCGGCAGGCAAGCUGUGGACAUGGGUUUUGGAUGACCUUGCGGUGGGAGGCGUACCGCAUUCCGAUACGAAGGAAGACGGAGCGGGCCACAUGCUGGAGCUUUGGCGACAGUGCCUGGCCCGCGGUGGCAGUAUGCUUUUAGUGGUCUCUUGUCUGGAAGUGGGGGAAGUGAUUCCACCUGGCUUUGCAACAUUGCAGGACUGGGAGCGUUUCCCCGGCGUGGUGGACUACUACUCUGUUCCAUUUAUUCCUCCGGAGAAGCAGGGGAAUCCACCGAGAGUGGAGACGGAAAUACUUGAGGUAUUGCACACUGUCUGCAAAAGCGUUUACAGCGCGUUGCCUUUUGUGGAUGCUGGACAGGUAGAUACUCAAAAGAAGUUGCUGGACUCUACAGGCCACUGUUCCAUGUUCCGGUUUGGUGGCCGAAAGCGGCGGGCGCUCCUAAAAUUCAGUCAUCAACCUAUUGUUUAUAUUAUGUGCAAAACAGGACUGACGCGGGCGUGGGUGUUCGCCAUGGCGUACCUCAUGAGCCAAUAUGGCAUGGGGUACCCGGAGGCGGAGCAGCUGCUCCACAAGUUACGGCCCUUUCAUCCCAGUCCCACGCAGGUGGAGAUGGCGUUAACGUUCUCCACCGCAAUCAAACCUCGGCACACUGAGGGUCGUAGUGAGGAGCACAGGUACCUCGAACUAUUAGCGCAAGUACUAUCGUUGUCGCCUUCCUACCGAAGUCGACUUUUGUGUGACCUAAAGCGGUCGACGUAG